UUUCUCAUUCAUGUUCAAUAGCUACCAUCUUGAGGAUGUGAAAAUUUUGCUCUUUCAAGUUUUCCAAGUUCCAAGUGAAUGGUACUUACACUGCUGAAGUGAAAAGAACUAUUUCUUUCCCGUGAUAGUAGUACGAUGAUAGUUUAAGCGUGCAACAGUGAAAGGAGUGAAGCGUUAGCAAGAAACAAACGUGCAAGUUUGAAGGAAAAGCUAAAAAUGGCUCCCAAUUCUCGUUUGUGGAAGAGAGAGGCCGAGGUGGAGUCUGAUGCGGCAAAGCUUGCGGAUGUAGCCAGUACACUAGCUACAAAAAUAUUCGGACACAAGCAAAAGCACCACACGACCACUACGGAGUCUGAGCUUGACGCUGAGGAAAAUGAGGAUUUCAGCACGGCAACGCCAACCAAAGGCGAGGCGGAAAAGCUGGGAGACAAGGCGGCCGAGAUGACGGAGGCGUUAGCCCACGAGAUGGGCAUCCCGACGUGGGGGCUCGUGUCUAUCAUCAUCGUCGUAGUACUGAUAAUUUUGGGCAUUUGCGGUUUCUGCAUCCGUCGCUGCUUCCGAAAGAGACGAUCCAAAGAUGGCAAGAAGGGCAUGAAAGGCGUUGAUUUGAAAUCGGUACAAUUAUUAGGUUCAGCAUACAAAGAAAAGGUACAACCUGAUAUGGAAGAGCUUACCGAAAAUGCCGAAGAAGGAGAUGAAGGUGAAAGCAAACAGAGCGAGCAAAAGUUAGGCAAGCUGCAGUACAAGUUGGAAUAUGAUUUCAACUCGAAUGCUCUCACCGUAACCGUCAUACAAGCGGAGGAACUUCCCGCCCUGGAUAUGGGAGGUACUUCUGAUCCUUACGUCAAAGUGUACCUAUUACCUGACAAAAAGAAGAAAUUCGAAACGAAAGUUCACCGUAAAACGCUGAAUCCAGUGUUUAACGAAUCAUUUACCUUCAAGAGUCUCCCAUAUGCAGAAGCAAUGAACAAGACGCUGGUGUUUGCCAUUUUUGACUUUGAUCGCUUUUCCAAACAUGACCAAAUAGGAGAGGUAAAGGUACCGCUUUGCCAGAUUGAUUUGGCACAAACGAUUGAAGAAUGGAGAGAAUUGCAGAGCGUUGAGGGUGAAGGUGGACAGGAAAAUAAGUUGGGAGACAUUUGCUUCUCAUUGCGCUAUGUACCCACUGCAGGUAAAUUAACUGUCGUUAUCUUGGAAGCGAAAAAUCUCAAAAAGAUGGAUGUUGGCGGUUUAUCAGAUCCAUACGUCAAGAUAGCCCUGAUGCAGAAUGGAAAGCGUUUGAAAAAGAAAAAGACUAGUAUCAAAAAAUGUACACUAAACCCCUACUACAAUGAGUCGUUCUCAUUUGAAGUUCCUUUCGAACAAAUACAAAAAGUAAAUCUUGUCGUAACGGUAGUGGAUUAUGAUCGCAUCGGCACCUCCGAACCAAUUGGAAAGGUUGUUCUAGGCUACAAUGCAAGCGGCACGGAGCUACGUCACUGGUCGGACAUGCUGGCCUCCCCCAGGCGCCCGAUAGCGCAGUGGCACACGCUGAAAGAUCCGGACGAUGACAAGAAGGAUUAAGCCGGCUACUAAUCAACGAGCAACUAAGGAUGAUGAUCCCGGACGAGGACGGUGCGGCGCGGUAUUAUUAUCAGCUGGGGAUUAUAACACCCAAAUCGGAAGGAAAGGUUGGCAACCCGGGCAUGUUGCACAUGUUCCAUCACAUGUUACAACCAGUUGCGCUGUAAAAUAACCUUUCCAAAGAGUCGACAAGAGAGAGGUAUUCCAUUUUGCACAAUUUUGGCUCUGUGUUAACUUUCGAACAUAAACUAUUCCUAUACACAUAUUGCACACCCCUUUCUUUCUUGCGUUUUUGACGAUACCGAGGAGGAGGGAGAGAUCAUUGAGUAAUGUAAUGUGAGGCUAUUUUACAACGGAUGAUUCGUAGAAAGAGUAUUAUAUAUAUACAUACAUAUAUAUUGUGUAGUAUUGUCAAACUGACUGCACACGCACCUAUUUAUGUAAAUUUUUGUUUCCCUCCGCUACUCAUACUACUCAUAACAUCUCAUCCCUACUGUCUCACCCCAAAAGCGAACUAAUCAAGUAAUGGAUGGCGCAUCAAUCAAUCAUUCUAGCAAGAAGUCUUUUUGAUUUGCCAUGAUAGUAAGAUGAAAAGAGCACCACCCCGUGGUCAGCAGUAAAACAAUAGGUAGAUAAAUUGCAAAGCUAAAUGAAACUGGACGUCUUGUUUUAAUCAAUAGACACUUCAACCAUCAACCAACCAAAAACCUUUCAUUUCAGUGAUCAGAAAACCAGUUCAAUUAAUUUCAAUACAAUCUUGUGUCCCUUAAACUCAAACUAAAAAACAAACCAUUUUGCAUAAUACUUGUUAUGCAGUUUAGUUUUCACGGUUUUUCACGACCUUAUCUUGUUUGAUCAUCAUAAUCUAAAAGAAAAAACAUAAACGUUGUCUGUUUAGUUAAUCUAUCUAACUCAUUUAACGUAUCUAAAAACAUAUGCACAGCGCAGAAGAGCAGUGCAUUUAUUAUGAGCAUUAAAAAAAAAAUACAUACGUUAACGAAUAUCUGAAAAGACGUAAGAAAGAAGACAAUGCAAAAGUAGAUUGCAAAAGCAAACUAAAAAACACACACACACAUAGUUUCAUCGCAUCCAAAUAAGAUGGAAAACGAAAUAGAUUAAUGUCAGUCGCGAAGACAGGGGAGAAGAAGGAAAGGGUACCGUCUGUAUUUCUUGUUGAAUAAUAUAAAGCUAUUGACCUAUUUAUUGUUAAAUAAAUAAUCUAACUAAACAUAUAUUAGGCAUAUAUAACCAUUAAAAAGUUGAUAAUAUCUGAGCAAACAUAAGCAGGCAAAGGCAAAGGCAAAGGCAAAGCAAAGGGCAGUAUUUGUACAAGAAUAAUAUCAGUUCAGAUUGUACGGCAGUAUAGUAUUUGCAUAAAUUAAUAUACCAUUCCAUGUAGGCGGCAGCGUAAAUGUGUACGAAGAAAUGCAAGUUUUAUUAAACAUUUCCAUAGUAUUUUUCCGUUUGUUUGUGUCGGUUUUAUUUACUGUUAACAGUUGUUAGUUCUUUUGUCUCUGCGUCACAGAGAGAUAGAGACACGACGAAGAUUUCCUAUAUCUGUGUAACCACCACCAUCUAACUGAACGUUUUAAAACAGCAUUUAAAGAUUGUAGGGCGUUUCAUCCCGUCAUCUGAUGAUGGUUGAAAACCGUUAGGAAAAGCUAGAAGAUUAUUGCGUGUUCAAUACUACGGCUAUUGUAAGGGAAGGUGGUGAAAAGAAAGAAUAUUUAAAUGAAUAUUAUUGGUUUUCGGCGUUCUGAUUACAUUACUAAGAUUCGAAAGCAAGAGCAGAAGAGCAGCAGAAAACAUUAUUAAAAAAGGGAUCCAAUUUCCAACCACUAACAACACACAGCAGUUUAUGAAUAAUAGCGAGACUCUUAUAGUGCGAGCAGAAGAUAGAAAGCGGCUUUUACCAACAUAAAUACCGAUAAAAAACAAAGAAAACAAAACAAACAUCUGAAAAAACACUAAACAAGUUGAACGAAAGUAAGCAGAUCUUUAAAAAUAUAACAAUAAUUAGACAUGUAUAAGAUAACCUUUACCUAUCAAGAACGCAUUGCGAGAGUAUGUAUAUUAAGAUAUUGUAAAUCAAACGCUAAUAAAGUAUUGAAGUGUAAAUUACCAGAUUA